AUGGAUCCUGCUCCCCAGGAGGAUCAAGAUCGGGUGAUCCCAACUGUCCUGGAUGCAAGUGAGACGCCAGAGGGGGACAGCUUGGGUGGUCAGCCACUAUCUCCUAAAGAUGAAAGGAUUGUUGCCUGCAAUCCCCCCUCUGAUGUAUCUGUCAUCGGGCCUGCAAGAUCUGCCAUUGAGCGACCACAUACUACAGAUGCAAGUGAAGGCCUUCGCAUUAUACCUCCACAUGAUGUUUAUACUCAGCAUGAACAAAACUUCUCAUAUGGAAGUUAUGGCUAUGGCACAGGUACAUGGGAUGGAUACGCUCAAUAUCCUAGUGCUGCCGAGGGCUUACAUAUGUCUCCUGUGAUCUAUAAUGAUAAUUCAUCUCUUGUAUUCCCUUCUGGGUAUGGCUUCAAUCCUGAUAUGGCAUAUGGGCAAUACUCUCCUGUUGCCACACCCGUGCCUUCUAUAAUGCUUGAUGGGCAAUUAUACUCUCCUCAGCAGAUCCCAUUCUCACCAUCUUUCUAUCCACAACAUAAUCCAAAUUUUCCUUCAUCUGUUCAUGUUUCGCCGUCGGAGCUUAUGGCAUCAGAUAAUAAUAAUGAAAGCUACCCGUUCGGGCCUGGCUCAGGUUACUUUGUACAUUAUGGGUCUUUCGGCGGAGGGAACAUGUCUGGUGCACCUGGUUCCAGUCCGUUAGCAUCUCCUGCUGGUUAUCAUCAACCUAUGGGUAUAUUGGGUUCAUAUGAACACCAUGUUGGACAGGUUUCACAACAAAGUCCAGUGCAUGGAUAUGGAUCAACUUCAACUUCCUCUAUGGGAAGAUAUCAGCGUGGGGGAUCAUAUCAGUCCUCUAACUUUGGUGGCAAUUCUGUUUCUUAUGCUGGAGAUAGGACACGGUUCGGUCUUGACAAGGGUAGGAGAAGAGAACAGGAAUCACUUUAUUUUACAAAUGACUCCUUUGGAUUUGACCGUAAUCGAGGGCCUCGGGCUUCAAAGCUUCGAAGUAAGAGUGCCGCCGAACAAGCUUAUUCUGGUAAUGGGAUAGAUGAAUCAUUGGUGUCUGAAGCUACACCUAGCUUAUACAACCGUCCAGAUUUUGCAACUGAUUAUGAUACUGCAAAGUUUUUCAUAAUAAAGUCUUUCAGUGAAGAUAACGUGCAUAAAAGUAUCAAAUAUGGGGUGUGGGCUAGCACUCCUCAUGGUAACAAAAAGUUGGAUGCUGCUUAUAGCCAGGCAAAGGAGAUAGAUGCUAAAUGUCCAGUCUUCCUCUUGUUUUCGGUCAAUGCCAGUGGACAGUUCUGUGGGGUAGCUGAAAUGCUUGGCCCUGUGGAUUUUAGCAAAGAUGCUGAUUACUGGCAGCAAGAUAGGUGGAAUGGCCAGUUUCCAGUCCGCUGGCAUAUUGUUAAAGAUGUUCCCAACAGUCGGUUUCGUCAUAUACUCCUUGAAAAUAAUGACAACAAACCUGUUACUCACAGUCGUGAUUGUCAGGAGGUGAAACUAGAACAUGGUGUUGAGAUGUUGAAUAUAUUCAAGGGUCAUGAUUCACAUACAUGCAUCCUAGAUGAUUUCGAAUUUUAUGAUCAGCGAGAGAGAACUUUGAAGGAAAGGAGGAGCAAGCAACAAACAAUUCCAACUGUGGAUUCUACAGGUCUACUUGGUUAUGAGACUCUAAGUAAGAUAUCAGACACUUUUGCAGAAGCGCUUAAGUUGGAUGAUGGUGCUAAAGAAACUGCAGUAAUUGAAGUUGGUGCUGGCUUAAUAACUGAUUCUGUACACUACCCUGCUGCUAAUGAUUCCAGUUCUGCUAUUGAGGCUAUCAGCAAUGAGUCCAACCCUGCAGUAUUAUGUGACAAGGAUUUUGUCACAGCUAAGCCAUCUGAUGCAUUUACUGUGGCAGAUGAUAGUAAGAAAGUACAUAUAGUUGAGUUGAGCAGUGAUGACCAAGAUUCAGCUCAUUGA